GUAGUUUUCACUUCCUUUAUAUGUUGCCAUUCGAGCGCUCUUCUUUAUCCAUCAUGGCCUGCAUAAUGAAGCUUUACAAAGCUUUGAAGGAUGCGGCAAUUAGCCAUCAAAUCCUGUUGGCAAUGAUUUUCAUACAGUUUGGUUUUGCAGGGAUGACCUUAAUAUCAAAGGCAGCACUAAAUGCUGGGAUGAACCCUUUAGUGUUCAAUGCCUAUCGGCAAAUGAUUGCCACACUUGUGUUGGCACUCCUUGUUCUCUUGAUGGAGAGGAAGAAGAGCGGAUCGAUGUCAUUCAGCCUCUUCUGCAAGAUUUUUGUAGCUGCUUUAUUAGGGCCAACAUUGAGCUUGGAUCUAUACUACGUGGCGCUCCAUUUAACCUCAGCAACAUUUGCAGCUGCUAUUCUCAAUUCCAUUCCAGUUAUCACAUUUUUCUUAGCUAUCAUUAUGGGGUUGGAGGCUGUAGGUUGGAGAUCAUUCUAUGGUGGACUCAAGAUCCUUGGAAUAGUCAUAACUGUUGGAGGAGCCAUGCUGCUUAGCUUCUACCGAAGACCUACGACGAGACAUCCUAACUCGUCAAGUUCUGGCAGCAACAAUGGAACAUUCUUUGUUAAUAAAUUGGAGGGUAGAACGAGAUCGAUCUUAGGACCUGUUCUAAUGUUCCUUUCUGCCAUAGCUUGGUCAACAUGGCUUGUCGUUCAAUCAAAAUUGCUGGAGCUUUAUCCAGCCAGGUUACGCCUCUCCACUCUACAGUGUCUCAUCAGUUCUGUGCAAUCUAGUAUUAUAGCUGCAGCCUUGGAGCGAGAACGUAACUCAUAUAAGAUAAGAUGGGAUAUUCAACUUGCUUCCCUUGCAUAUUGUGGUGUAUUCGUAACUGGGGCUGCAUAUGGACUCCAAAUUUGGUGUAUAGAGAAGAAAGGGCCGUUUUACGUUUCCAUGUUUUCUCCACUUGCAUUGGUUUUAACUGCCAUCUUCUCAGCAAUUUUUUGGGCUGAACGAUUGAACUGGCAAAGUAUAUUGGGAGCUAUUCUGAUUGUUGGAGGUCUUUAUGGUGUCCUGUGGGGAAGAAGCAAGGCUGAGAAACAAGAAAUACAUAAUGGUGAAUCUCCAGCAGAGCAAUCUCCAGAUAUUGAAAAAAACUGACUGUUUUCUGUGCUUGUGUGUUUCUCUCAUAUAUAAAUUAGUGUAGCAAGUUAUAUCUAGUAAAUUCCUACUCAGACUGACAAUAAAUUUCCUUUUCUUAACCUCGAAUGUCCUCUUUUUCCUUUCUUCGUUCUGUCUGAUAAAAAUAUUCAGCAGAAUGACAUUAAUUAUUC